UUCCAUUGACACUGACAGCAGCAACUGUUGCACACCACAGCUGAGGUUGAACGUUACCCUACUCUUGGAGGUUUCCUGAUGCCAGAAAAUGUUGUUCAGUCCGACGGGUUUAAGUGAAUGUUUACGCGAAUGGGAGGAUUUAGAGAAGAACUACCAACAAAUCCAGGACACCCAUCGUCUUUAUAAACAGAAACUUGAGGAAGUGACCAAACUGCAAGACAGCUGCUCCGGUGCUAUAGCACGUCAGAGGAAGAAACUGAAAGAGCUCACUGUGUCCCUACAAGAAUGCAAAGAAAAUCAUCCAACAACCAAAUUAAGUCCGGAGGACAUGGAGGCAAUGACUGAAAUUGAGGGCUCCAUCAAAGACAGAGCAAAUGUUUUCUCUGAGAUGGAAGCUUUUCUGCCAAAGAAGAACGGGUUGUACCUCAAUCUCGUUUUAGGAAACGUCAACGUAACACUCCUCAACAAACAAUCAAAAUUUGCCUACAAAGAUGAAUACGAGAAAUUUAAACUGAUCCUCACGGUCAUCCUCUUCGUGUUCUCCUUCACGUGUCGCUUUCUGUUCAGCUACAGAGCCCUCGAUGCACUGUUCAACUUCCUGUUGGUGUGGUAUUACUGCACACUCACCAUUCGGGAGAGCAUCCUCAUCAGCAACGGCUCAAGGAUCAAAGGUUGGUGGGUUUUCCAUCAAUACGUGUCAACCUUCUUGUCUGGAGUCAUGCUCACGUGGCCUGAAGGUGUUCUCUACCAGAUGUUUAGGAAUCAGUUCCUAACAUACUGUCUAUACCAAAUAGGCUUUGUCCAGUUUCUCCAGUACUACUACCAGAGUGGCUGUUUGUACAGACUCAGAGCACUGGGAGAAAGGCACAACAUGGACGUUACAGUCGAGGGUUUCCAGUCCUGGAUGUGGAGAGGCUUGACCUUCCUUCUUCCUUUCUUGUUCUUUGGCCAUUUCUGGCAGCUCUACAACAGCAUCACACUCUUCAGGAUGUUUCAACUCCCAGAGUGUAAAGAGUGGCAGGUUGCGAUGUGCGGCUGCUCUUACAUGGUGCUCUUCAUGGGAAACUUCUUCACCACGCUGGGAGUGGUUUACCAGAAAUACAUGAACAACCAGGACAAGCCCAAGAGCUUUUAAGAACUGGAAAAAUGAACAAGAAUCACCAAAAAUCCUCCCUUUACGGAAUGUGCAAAGUUACAAUCAGCUCUAAUAUUCUCUUUAGAGCUCUUUAUCGAUGUUCUCAUUGUUGUCCUUGUGGACCAGUUACAUGUACUGCUACUUUUAUCAAUGUCCUUAGAUUUGAUUUUUGUGUCAAUAAUGGUCAAAGCAAUAACUUGUACAGGUAGGUCACAGACAUUGUUACACUGACCUGUCCGGAAAAAACACCAGGCAGGUCUUACAAGUCAGGUUGUUCAGUUGUGUACAUUUUGUACAAGUUUGUUACUUAGCAGCUGCUGUGUAUUUUUACUUUGCAGAAAGUACUGAAUAAAACACUCCUCCAAACCC